CACACACACCGCCUCCCUCUCUCCCGGUGCAUUGCAUGCCCGGCCUCCUCCUCCUCCUCCUCUCCUCCUUCUCCUCCUCUUCCCCUUCGCGCCGUGCUCCUCAGUCUCCCACCAUGACCUUGGCUUUCUGUGGCACCGAGAACAACUCGUCCGCCUACAAGGUGGACGACGGGGUGCUCAACAACGGCUGCUUCGUGGACGCGCUCAACGUGGUGCCUCACGUCUUCCUCCUCUUCAUCACCUUCCCCAUCCUCUUCAUAGGAUGGGGAAGUCAAAGCUCCAAAGUUCAUAUCCAUCACAGCACAUGGCUUCAUUUUCCUGGACAUAAUUUACGAUGGAUUUUAACCUUCAUCCUUUUAUUUGUGUUGGUGUGUGAAAUAGCAGAGGGCAUAGUGUCAGAUGGUUUUUCUGACUCCCGUCAUUUGCACCUUUACAUGCCACCUGGAAUGGCAUUCCUUGCAGCCAUCACAUCAAUUGUCUAUUAUCACAAUAUUGAAACAUCAAAUUUCCCAAAAUUAUUAAUAGCCUUGCUUUUCUAUUGGACAUUAGCUUUUAUAACGAAAACAAUAAAAUUUGUAAAGUUUUGUGACAACAAGAUUGGACCUCCACAGCUUCGAUUUUGCCUUACAGGGCUUUUAGUACUUCUUUAUGGAAUGUUGCUACUAGUAGAAAUUAAUGUCAUCAGAGUAAGGAGAUACAUGUUUUUCAAAAAGCCUAAAGAGGUGAAGCCCCCUGAGGAUCUUCAGGAUCUUGGAGUUAGGUUCUUGCAACCUUUUGUGAAUCUGCUGUCCAAAGGAACAUACUGGUGGAUGAAUACAUUCAUUAGAACAGCCCACAAGAAGCCCAUAGACUUGAAAGCCAUAGGCAAGCUGCCUAUUGCAAUGAGAGCAUUGACAAAUUACAUGCUCCUCAAUGAAGCAUUUAAAGCACAAAAGAAUACAGACACUCCAUAUCCACAAGGAUCCAAGUCUAUCUGGUGUGCCCUCUGCCAUGCUUUUGGGAGACCUUUGAUUCUAAGCAGCACCUUCCGGAUCCUGGCAGAUUUGCUUGGAUUUGCUGGUCCCCUUUGUGUCUCUGGAAUAGUUCACCAUGUUGGGAAAGGAAACAUCACCUUCCGUCCCCGGACUAAAAUACUUGGUGUUUUCUUCAUUUCAUCUCAAGAAUUUCUGGCCAAUGCUUAUGUUCUGGCAGUCCUUCUUUUCUUUGCUCUUCUGCUUCAAAGAACAUUUCUCCAAGCCUCAUACUAUGUUGCCAUUGAAACAGGAAUUAACCUGAGAGGAGCAAUACAGACCAAAAUUUACAAUAAGAUCAUGCGCCUUUCAACUUCUAACAUGUCCAUGGGGGAAAUGACUUCAGGUCAGAUCUGUAACCUGGUUGCAAUAGACACGAAUCAGCUGAUGUGGUUCUUCUUCCUUUGCCCUAACCUUUGGGCCAUGCCAGUACAGAUUAUUGUAGGAAUCCUUCUACUGUACUACCUCCUUGGAAUCAGUGCCUUAAUUGGAGCAGCAGUGAUCAUAGUGCUUGCACCUGUACAGUAUUUUGUAGCCACAAAACUAUCACAAGCUCAAAGAAGUACAUUGGAAUAUUCCAAUGAAAGGCUAAAGAAAACAAAUGAACUGCUUCGAGGCAUAAAACUUCUUAAACUCUAUGCCUGGGAGCACAUCUUUCAUGGCAGUGUGGAAGAAACACGACAAAAGGAAAUGACCAGCCUCAGGGCUUUUGCUCUCUAUACCUCCAUAUCAAUUUUCAUGAAUGCAGCAAUACCUAUUACAGCAGUUCUUAUAACAUUUAUCGUCCAUGCCCAUGUUUUUAAAAAUGCUGACUUCACUCCUUCGGUGGCCUUUGCUUCACUCUCCCUCUUCCACAUCCUUGUUACACCCCUGUUCCUGCUCUCCAGUGUGGUUAGGUCCACUGUCAAAGCUCUUGUAAGUGUUCAGAAAUUGAGUGAAUUUCUCUCAAGUGAAGAAAUUGGAGAGGACCAUGAUAAAUGUUCAGAAGCAAGAUGCAAAGGCAACCAUAGCAAAUAUCAAGCUGUCCCCCUCAAAGUUGUUAACCGUAAGAGGCCUACCAGAGAGGACUGGAACAAUUACAGCUCUCCCAUUAGAAGACCUGUUAAAGUCACAGAAGCAGAUGAUUAUUGUGUAAAGGUCACAAAUGGAUUUUUCACUUGGACACCUGAAGGAGUUUCAACCUUGUCCAGUAUUGAUAUUCGAAUUCCUCAAGGUCAGUUGACAAUGAUUGUGGGCCAAGUGGGCUGUGGUAAAUCAUCGCUCUUGCUAGGAAUACUUGGAGAGAUGCAAAAGGUGUCAGGAAAUGUAACAUGGAAUAGCAAUAUUCCUGACAAUGAGACAGGGGAAGAUAGCAGCCCAGAGAGGGAAAUGGCUGUUGACUUGGAAACCAGGAAAAGAGGAUCAGUGGCAUAUGCUUCCCAGAAACCAUGGUUGCUAAAUGCUACUGUGGAAGAGAACAUUACAUUUGAAAGCCCCUUCAAUAAACAAAGGUACAAUGCAGUAAUUGAUGCCUGCUCUCUUCAGCCUGAUAUUGACAUACUACCUCAUGGAGACCAAACUCAGAUUGGAGAGAGGGGCAUUAAUCUGUCUGGAGGUCAGCGCCAGCGAAUCAGUGUUGCAAGAGCUCUUUACCAACAGACAAAUGUUGUGUUUCUGGAUGAUCCAUUUUCUGCACUGGAUAUCCACUUAAGUGACCAUCUUAUGCAAGAAGGAAUCCUCAAUAUGCUUCGGGAUGACAAGAGAACUGUUGUUCUAGUUACUCACAAACUACAAUAUCUACCCCAUGCUGAUUGGAUUAUUGCAAUGAAGGAUGGUACCAUUCAGAGAGAAGGCACACUCAAGGAUAUUCAGAAAUCAGAAAUUGAGCUCUUUGAACAUUGGAAAACACUCAUGAAUCGACAAGAUCAAGAGCUGGAGAAGGAGAGCUUAAUUGAAAGAAAACCUGUAUUAGAUAGGAAGACUCUCCAAAGCACAGUGUAUUCCCAAGAGGCUCUACUCCAAGAUGAUGAGGAGGAUGAAGAUGAAACACCAGAAAGUGAUGAUGAGGACAACCUGUCUUCUGUCCUCCACCAAAGAGCAAAGAUGCCAUGGCGAGCAUGCGGAAAGUACCUUAGCUCAGCAGGAUUCCUUCUCUUGCCCUUGCUGGUCCUUUCACAACUCCUGAAGCAUUCAGUGAUGGUCUCCACUGACUUUUGGCUAGCCCACUGGACAUCGAGUGCCAUUGCCGUCAAGGGAGCAAAGAACUGCUCUCAUGAGCAGGAAUGCAGAUUUGACCAUACCCACUAUUCAAAGAUAUUCACUAUUCUUUGUGGCCUUGGGAUUAUACUGUGUCUUGUAACAUCAAUAGCAGUGGAAUGGACUGGUUUAAAAGUUGCCAAGAAACUACAUUGUCUUCUGUUGAAUAAAAUUAUUUUGGCCCCAAUGAGGUUCUUUGAAACAACACCACUGGGAAGUAUACUGAACAGAUUUUCAGCUGACUGUAACACCAUUGACCAGCACAUUCCUGCUACCCUGGAGUGCUUGAGCCGUUCCACCUUGCUCUGUGUAUCAGCACUUGCUGUGAUUUCAUACGUUACACCAAUGUUUCUCAUAGCACUAGUUCCACUUGCUGUCAUAUGCUAUUUCAUCCAAAAAUACUUUAGAGUAGCAUCAAGGGACCUGCAACAGUUAGAUGACAGUACUCAGCUGCCAUUACUUUCUCACUUCUCAGAGACCGUGGAAGGUCUGACAACCAUACGAGCAUUCAGGUAUGAAUCCCGGUUUAAACAGAAGCUUCUUGAAUAUACGGAUUCUAACAACAUCGCUUCCCUUUUCCUUACAGCUGCCAAUCGCUGGCUGGAAGUUCGGAUGGAAUAUAUCGGGGCAUGCGUGGUACUCAUUGCAGCUGUUACUUCCAUUACAGACUCUCUAUAUCACACACUUCCUUCGGGUCUUGUAGGCUUAGGACUAACAUAUGCUCUGAUGGUGUCCAACUACUUAAACUGGAUGGUCCGCAACUUAGCGGAUAUGGAACUACAGCUCGGAGCUGUGAAAAGAUUCAACAGCCUUAUUAAAACAGAGGCAGAAAAAUAUGAAGGGCUUAUCUCUCCUGCACAGAUUCCUCAGAACUGGCCUGACCAGGGUGAAAUUCAAAUACAGAAUCUGUGCGUCCGCUAUGAUAGUACUCUAAAGCCUGUGCUGAAACAUGUCAGUGCUCAUAUUUCGCCAGGACAAAAGAUUGGAAUAUGUGGCCGAACAGGAAGUGGAAAAUCAUCUUUUUCUCUUGCCUUUUUCAGAAUGGUCGACACUUUUGAAGGAAGGAUCAUUAUAGAUGGCAUAGACAUUGCCAAGCUUCCCUUACAAACACUGAGAUCCAGACUGUCAAUUAUUCUUCAAGACCCUAUUUUGUUCAGCGGCACAAUCCGGUUUAACCUGGAUCCAGAAAAGAAAUGUACAGACAGCAUGUUGUGGGAAGCUUUGGAAAUAGCACAGCUGAAGCAUGUGGUGAAAGCUUUACCUGGAGGCUUAGAUGCUACAAUCACCGAAGGAGGAGAGAAUUUCAGCCAAGGACAAAGACAGCUGUUCUGCUUAGCCAGAGCAUUUGUACGGAAGACAAGUAUCUUCAUCAUGGAUGAAGCCACAGCAUCAAUUGAUAUGGCAACAGAAAAUAUUCUUCAGAAAGUUGUAAUGACUGCAUUUGCUGAUCGUACUGUGGUGACAAUUGCUCACCGAGUACACACUAUUCUUAAUGCAGAUAUGGUAAUUGUAAUGAAGAGAGGAGUCAUUCUGGAAUAUGACAAGCCAGAGGUCUUGCUGGAGCAAGAAGGGAGUGUCUUUGCUUCUUUUGUCCAAGCAGACAAGUAAAUGCAAAUAAUUAAAUCUUUGACAUUUCAAUUUUAUUAUCCAUUUUCUAAUCAUGUAAAAUAAUUGUAAAUAAAAAUAUUGAUUAUUUAAUAAUAAAA